CGAGGACAAAAACAAUUGGCAUCCCUCUGACAGCGCAGUAAAAACAAGGAGAUCCAGACCAAUUUGGGGAAAACAGUUAGAUAUCUUUAAACCGUCUUUAACCGACACGACAGCGAAGAGGGAGAAAUGGUGUCUCCGUCAACAGUAGUCAAGAGCGAAGGACCCAAACUGGUGCCUUUCUUUAAGGCAACCUGUGUUUACUUUGUCCUGUGGCUGCCCACCUCCAGCCCAUCCUGGUUCAGCGCUCUCAUCAAAUGUCUACCCAUCUUCUGCCUGUGGGUCUUUCUGCUGGCUCAUGGAUUCAGCUUCCUCUGUGAUCACUCCAGCGCCCGUAAGAUUUUGGCUGGUCUCAUCUUUUCGGCUCUGGGGGAUGCCUUUCUCAUCUGGCAGGAGCAGGGCUACUUCGUCCAUGGUCUUCUUAUGUUCGCCAUCACCCACAUUCUGUAUUCGUCUGCCUUUGGGAUGAAGCCGAUCAAUGUGCAGGCUGGGCUGGUGAUCACCGCUGUGUCCUCCCUGUGUUACCUCCUGCUGUACCCAUACCUGUCCGGCCCCUUCACCUACCUGGUGGCCGUCUACAUCGCUCUGAUCGGCUUCAUGGGCUGGAGAGCCAUAGCAGGCUUGCAGCUGGCCAACGACCUCUGGACCUGGACCAAGCUGUCGGCCUGCCUGGGCGCCGUCCUCUUCAUGGUCUCUGACCUCACCAUUGCCGUCAACAAGUUCUGCUUCCCUGUGCCCCAUUCCCGAGCCAUCAUCAUGGCAACCUACUACGCCGCACAGAUGCUCAUAGCCCUGUCGGUGGUCGAGUGUCAGGAUGUGGAGGUGUCCCGGAAGAGAACAUGAAGUGUUGUGGUUUCUGGAAAGUACAAGGCUGUAGAGGUGGUUCCAACUCCAGCCUUGAGUGGCUGUGGACACCCCUCACUGCCAGAUCCCAAACCCCCAGCCUUCAUCUCCAUAUGGCGCUCCCACAUGACUGUCAUCAUGCCGACUGAUCCUCUCCACAACACUCCCUCCUCAAUCUCACUAGUAUGGUAGUCUCAUAUGUAUCUCCUUUUAGAGAAGAUACAGUUGUAUUAUUUUCAGCUUCUCCUGAGUGCAAUCGAACUUAGAAAAAAAAACCUGGUAUCAAACCAAGUUACAGAGGAGAGUUGUAGAGUUACUAACCAAUAGGAAGCAUUAAUGUAGUCGUGAUUGGUUUGAUUUCAGAUUAGCACCUUCAAGCAGUUUGCAUGAGAGUGGUUUUCUGUGAGCGUGUCUGUACAGUUUGGCGACUGAUUGAAACUCUUACCUCACUUUCCACACAGUGCUCCGACGCACAGACACACCGUCACACAUUUGUACUCUGAGUGGUCCAUUAACACAGUUUAGCAGUUCAUUUGUGUAUUUUAAUUUUUGCUUUAUUGCAUGCAUAAGUCUUUCAAAAGGGAUAUUUUUAUACAAACCAUCCAUGCCGCACUUCAUUAAGGGUGCUAAUUAGCGCUAAGACGAUGUUCCUACCUUUUUAUUUAAUUAUUUGCAGUCCAUUUCAUUUCAUUUGCAGAAGCUUCUCUUCUUUUCUUCUUUAGACUCCUGAGUUUGCUUUAGUGAAUGGAAUAUUUAUUUAACUUUUGAAGAUUUCUUUGAAUAACUAGAUGAAUAUAGAGGACUUGAAAGCAACUAAACGGCUGCAAGACUAAGAAAAAAAUAGCAUUUUAGACAUUGGAUGCCUCCUUAAGGAGCAGGGGAUGUUUUGGAAACCUAAUCGUUCAGAUUUUAGUUCUGACUUUUGUUUUGAUCCUCUUGGUGUAACGUGUUGUUCUCUAUACCUUCCUCGCCUUUUGGUGUUAUACAUUCAAUAGCACCAUACCCUGCACCUAACACCUCCUCCUAGUUUAGUUAUUAGGAAAGUUCAUAGGGGGUCUUAUUGUGUGAGUCAAUCAGCUGACGUGCUGUUAAAGACCGUGUUAUGAAAACAGCAAAAGAAAGGGCUUUGUUGAUGGCUGGACUCAUUUUGUUGAUAUACUCUGCAGGCAGAGUCUCCAACUCUGAAGGCAUUCACUCACUCGGAACAACGCGCACACAGAUUUAUGCAAUGCAACAAACAGAGCCAGCCAGCUUGGGAAAAACAAGGAGACAAGAGAAAGCGUCUUGUGAUGCAAGGGAACAGCCAUCCCAUUAUUCCCCAUUAUUCCUUCUCAAAGGACAUUUGGGAAAAAUCCACUGCAGAUUAUCCUCGACUAGUCCG